GAUAUUUCUAUCAUCCAUUGUGCUGAUUUAAAUUCUUGAAGGAUAUGUAGCCAAUUCAGUUACCACGAACGACGACGUCCUUUGUCGUUGUGGUGGCUGUAAGUCACGUGGAUUUCGGCAAUCGCGCUUAAAUUAUGCGACGUUUCCCUCGGAAGGGGAUGGGAUACCAUUCUCGCCUCUUCUCACGCCGGUCCUUAGCCCUAUAUUUUCCGAUGGAAAGAAGGAGUGCGUGAUAUUUCCUAUGUCGAGGGUAUACCAAUUAUACUACAAAACAGAAUGCGACUUCACUUCUCGCUGAUAAUGAAUGACUCAAAUGUUCUCGAGUCAUAUGGUUCAAGACCCUUAUAGCAGUGUCCAGCUGUAUAUUGGUUCUGAGACACAUUCAACAAAAUCUUGAACUAGGAUUGGCUCCAUGUUUGACGCAUGGGCUACUAUGCAGAAAAAAAGGGGAAACAAUGACAACGCUGUCGUUAUAUCGAGCGACCUGAGUCCAAGGACACAUUCCAGCUACAAAAUGCUAAAGUCAAAAUAGUAACACCGACAGGUCCCCAUCUGAGACCGACCUCCCCGUUCCUUGCCAGUUCGGCACCAGAUUCUAUCUCUGUGAAUUGUUAGGGAAGACGGCAACUUGAUGACAAACUUCUAGCUAGCAUCCAACCAUGAUGAGUUUCUAGAUCCCACCAAGGCCCACUGGUCAUUCCGCCGCUUCUCUUUAUUGGAGCACUGUCGAUCCGGAUUGCAGUUCCCGAUUCGCCCGGAGAUAUUGAAUGGGGCCCCAGAAAGAGCACAAGAGGCAAUUGACGAAUAUGCCCUGUUUACUUUGCACCAGUUAUCACUCUUUGAAAGUCCUUAUUCAAAUUGAUGAUUUAUUUUCUAUAUUGAGCCUCAGUGAUGCUCUUGACAUGUUUCACCAAUGCGGCCAACAAAUCAGUCCCUCAAUUGCAACCGCAGGAAGGAAAUGGUUUCUAUGUUGUAUUGGGCUCGCUCUAUCAUCGCUAGACAGGCCAGGGACACCACACGGAUAGCUCUUGGAAAUGCCAAAACGCCCGUGCGGAAGGAGCCACCGAUUAACAUCCCUUCGUUAUGCAUCAAAAUAAAUACUUUCCCAAAUUUGAACUCAACCCUACGGACUUGUUGGUCGCCUUGCAGGCUCCAUAUGCUCUCUAUGCCCUCAUCACCCAUAAUUCCACAUGAUCAGGGCCGUCUGCAGCUUUUCUUCCAUGUCAUUUCGACUCCAAUAGUGAUUAUCUACGCAGCGCACAUAAAUAGGCUGGCGGCAUAACUGCUGUUCGGAAAAUUUGGUGGCCAUAAUGACAUUUUUACUUGCAACGCUUCUGGAAAGCUUUGCCUUUAUGAUGGGGGAAAAAAAAAAGCAGAUAUUGAACAUGAAAAGGCAGUACAUUUGCCAGAUACUCCUGGGAAAUCCAAUAUUCCAACACUCCCCUUCAGCCAAUGUACAUUACAUACCAAACAAUGAUGGCUAGGUAUACUCAUCGGUACUUCGGUACUUCGGUGGUACGAUAGGGUGACAUACAAAAAGCUCUACUUAUUAUGUGAUGCCAUUCUCUCACAUCAUCAAAUGUCGGAGGUGAAUGGAGUGGGUGGCGGAACUUUUACUGCCUAUUUUGGUCCAGACAAGAAUGCCAGCCUGGCUGAAAUUCAGAAAUAGUCAUGGUCAACUUGAGUAUAUUUGAUGUUAGUAGGAAAGAGUUUACUAAGGCACAACAUGUAGUGGCCGGGAAUAUCCCAGCUCAUGAUAAAAGAUCUGCCCUGCGCCUUGGUUGUUUAAAAAAAGGUAGACUGAUGUGGGAUGAGUGAAGAGGGAGGGAAUAAAGCCCCUGACUAGAUACAAGUGAGAGCAUCAGCAUAACAACUUCUCUUUCAACCGACGUCUCAAUUGUCAUUAAUCCAAGGCAAAAAGUGCAUUUCUGGUAGCAUCCCUCUGUCUAGGUGCGGUUACAUAUUAUCCUCCCCCAGAGCAGAAUGGAUAGUCCCUGAGCACCUUCCGUGAUAACAUGCGCUGUCACUUUGGUCAAAAAAGAACAUGUGAUUAUGAAUAUGGCUGCUUGCUUACCCUGGGACCUGUCAAGGGAGGAUACAAAAGGAGGGAGGAAGACCUUUGACAGACACAUACCCUUCCUACAGAGUCUAAUCCCUGGGUGCAGUGAUGUUGGCCACUUGCUCCGUUAUCCUAUGGCUCACUUUAUAUUUGAGUGGAAAUCGCCAUAUACUUGAGGCCAGUUCUUCGGUACUUUUGACCUCUUUUACAUCCAGACACUUUUAGUUCUGGGGCCUCUGCAUGGGCUAUGAUUGCUCAUUCGAUGUCUCCCCAAAGGAUUUCCCCACAAACUCCCAGCUGCUUGUCGUACAAGGAAGGGGUUCCAGACACGGAAGGGCGUAGGGUUGCAAUGUGACAGGGGACAAGGGUCUCUAGGUCCUCGAACGGCCUGGGACAGAAGGUGAUUAUUAUCAUCUAAAAAUACCUUGACGUGUCGAGUUUUGCUAUCGUUGGACUAUCAUGGUGUUGAGUAUUGAGUAGUCCGAUGGGAAAUAUCUCAAUUGCACUGAUGUAAUCAUUGCCGUCGUAGGUGAACUUGUGAGAUGAAAAACAGGAUAGAUGAGGUCUGGUCAACAGCGCAAGUUUUGUAUGCAUCUAACCCGAUGUUGAUAUCAGCCCCAUAACAAACCGAUUUUGUUAAUUUUGGAGAUCAUGCGGGGCAGUGUGCUCCUAGUUUGACCCCGCCCGUGUCUAGGCUAUCUGAAGCUGCUCGGCCUGGCCACUGCAAAUCCUUGUCGGUGAUGAGGUCUCUUCCAUGUCUCAACAUCCUAGUUAUGUUUUUCACAAGGUCAACGGCCGAAGUACGGGAUAUGUACGGAGUACAUAGAAUGAGAAACUCGAGGAACUCAGUCG